UGAACUUACAAUACGUAAAAUAUACAAAUUACUCCAAUUAGCAACAGUAAAAGGUAGCCACAAUUAUGGCAAAUUCUAAAGGUAGCUGGAGUCAACGGUGGCCCAGCCAUACUGCCGAGAGGGUUUUCCCCUCAUGGGGAGACUGGACUCUGGAUUCUGACGGAAAUUAUCGUCUUGAUAUUGAUCUUCCUGGGUUCGCACAACACGAGGUGAAAAUACGGCCAGAUUCAGAUGGUUCUAUAAGGCUUGAAGCAGAGACGAUAGUUGAUGAGAGCAAAUGCAAAUAUAUCGACCAAACCAUCCAACUGCCGGAGAAUUCGGAUAUCGUAAACCUUUACGGACGAUUCAGAGGCCAAGUGCUCACCAUUACCGUCCCUAAGAAGGUAAACGCUGAUGAUCAAAGUUCGCAAGAAGAUGACCACGAAGGUGAAGGUGAAGAUGAAGCUGAAGGCGAAGAUGAAGAUGAAAGAGGUGAUAUUAAAGAAAAUCGGACGAAACCGGAACCCGAAAACAAGAAGAGCGACAGCGACCAAGAUUGUCGUAGUUUACCGAAGGAGAAUAUAAAGAAACCACCGAAAGGGAAAGAAAGUGUGUUAGCGAUUGUGAUGAAGUGGUUUGAGCGAAACAAGGUGAUUGUUGUUUCUAACGCUAUAUCGUUUUCGAUGGGGAUGUGGGUGUCGAAGCUUUGGACGUAAGCAUUAUAUGUUUAUGUUUACGUUUACGUAUAUGUGUUCGUGUGUUAUGUAAUUAACUCAGUUUCUUUAAAAUAUAUUACGUUACACCUUUCACAUUAUUUAGGUUUCGUCUUGACUUUAUCAAGAGCUGACACUUUGUUAAAACUAAAGUUAGUGAAUAUAUGUAUACAUAACAUGUGGAGUUCUCCUCGCCAAGGACA